ACCCGUGAGCUCCUGCGCUUGGUUUUCUCGGUGCGUGAGGAAAGCACUGCGUGAAGCUGACGUGGUGCGCACCACUGGAGGAGUUGGGGCGGCACUCGCGGAGUAUACCUACAAGAACCCGGGGAGCUCGCUUACUGCGGUCAGAACGAGUUCGGUGUGCGCCUUCCUGGAGCGGCCGAUUUAUUUUGGGCGCCGGAAGCCCUCGUGUGUGAAAAAGUGGUUGAUCCGGCUUCGACACUUCAAAGUAGCAGCAGCGGCGGCGGCGGCAUCAUGCGACUGUGCGUGCUCCUAUCGCUAGGCCUGUUGGCCACCGUGCUGGCCGAAAAUGACGAGGCGACCACGGAGGAGAUCCCCGAGAAGCGUUUACUGGUGCUCCCGCCUAACCAGCUGCCAUCUGCCGGUGGGCAUUGCCAGUCACCGCUGGGCGUGUCGGGCAGCUGCGUGCCUUACCAGGAGUGCCGCUUCCUGUUCGACGACGAGUUCCUGGCACGGCGCUCGCUGUGCGGUUUCUCCCAGCGUCGGUCGCUGGUUUGCUGCCCUCAGAGUGGUGGUGGCGGCGGCGGAGGACAUGGAGGAUUUGGUGGAGACUUCGGUAGUGGCUUCGGCGGAAACGGAUUCGGCGGAAACGGAUUCGGAGGAAACGGAUUCGGAGGAAACGGAUUCGGAGGAAACGGAUUCGGCAACUUCUUCCCUCUGCAGAUACCUUAUGUACCACAGCAUACCUUCCCGGUCCUGGGUCCGCCAUUACAGCCAAGUCGGCCACCCUUCUUUCCUGGUGGCGGAGGUGUUGGCGAAGGAGGAGGAGGAGGAGUCCAACCAGGAGUUCCUCCAGAUUUCGGCGGCCCACGGCAGCCUCCCACUGAGCGACCGCGGCCGCAGAAGCUGUGGGGCACGGAAGAUUGUGGCGUAGCCAGCAACGCCUUGGUCCGCAUCGUGGGAGGCAAGGAGUCGAACCUGGGAGCAUGGCCCUGGAUCGCGCUGCUGUUCAUCGACGUGCACGGCAACGGCGUCCGCUCCCCGCUGUGCGGCGGUGCACUCGUCACGCCCCGACACGUGCUCACGGCCGCGCACUGCACCUUCAGCGGCAACCGGUCGCUCACUCCGGACGCGUUCGUGGCGCGGCUGGGCGAGCACGACUACCUGAGCAACGACGACGGCGCCAACCCGGUGGACGAACCGGUGGUGCGCAUCGAGCGCCACGCGCAGUUCAACCCGCGCACCUACCUGAACGACGUGGCCGUGCUCACGCUACGGAGGCCGGUGCCCCUGAACAAGGACAUAGCGCUCAUCUGCCUGCCGUACGGCUCCCUGCGCGACGACCAGUACGAGAGCCGCAGCGCCAACAUCGCGGGAUGGGGCGAGCUCUACUACGGCGGCCCGUCGAGCGCCUCGCUGCAGGACACCCGCAUCCCCAUCCAGACCCUGGACACCUGCAAGGAGUCCUUCAAGCGCACCAGCAUCACUUUCACGGACCACUACCUCUGCGCGGGCAGCCUGAAAGGCGACAAGGAUGCCUGCAGGGGCGACUCCGGCGGACCGCUAAUGUUGUUGGACAAGCAACAGCGGUUCACCAUCGUCGGCAUUACAUCUUUUGGACGCCGCUGUGCGGAACCCGGCUACCCGGGUGUCUACGCGCGAGUCGCCAAGUACCUCGACUGGAUCCAGGAGAGGCUCUUCCUGCUUUCCGCCUGGCGAGCGGUGCCCAUCGAGAGCGACGGGUCGGACUACCUCUUCAAGCUGCUGGCGCACCGGCUGUUCCGGCCACUGGGGGUCACCGGGUCGUCGGCGGCCAAAACCGCGCCGCCGCGACUCCGGCCGCCACCUGGAGACGAGCGACAAGACAAAUUGCAAGAUGCCGACUUCUCGGAGGUCUGUCGACGGUGGGCGACGUGCGUGUAUGUGUCGCCCCGUUCUGGCAAUAAAAAAUUUCUCUUUGGGGAAACCCCCCGCGCUUACGGAGUGGCGCAGUGGCUGGUUGACUGGCGCAUACAGCGGCGGCGGCGGCGAAGGCGGUUGGCCUUGAGCGCAGCGCCGCCGCGCUCUCUCUCGCGAUCCGCCGCCGGAGGCCGAUUUCCCCGGUGGGUCGCCAUUCUGCUGCGACCAGCCCCCCUCGGUAGCGGCAGCAGCGACGGCGGCAUCAUGCAACUGUGUGUGCUCCUGUCGCUAGGCCUGUUGGCCACCGCGCUGGCCGAGAAUGACGAGGCAACCACGGAGGAGACCCCCGAGAAGCGGUUACUGGUGUACCCGCCUAACGAGCUGCCGUCUCCAGGCGGCUACUGUCAGUCGCCGCUGGGCGUGCCGGGCCGCUGCGUGCCUUACCAGGAGUGUCGCUUCCUGUUCGACGACGAGUUCCUGGCCCGGCGCUCGCUGUGCGGCUUCCUCCGGCGUCAGUCACUCGUGUGCUGCCCUCAGAGUGGUGGUGGUGGAGGAGGAGGAGGUGGUGGUGGAGGAUUUGGCGGAGGCUUCAAUAGUGGCUUCGGCGGAAACGGAUUUGGAGGAAACGGUUUCGGUGGAAACGGAUUCGGCAACUUCUUCCCCCAACAGUUACCUCAGGUACCACAACAUACCUUUCCGGGCCAGGGUCGGCCGCUGCAGCCCAGCCGGCGGCCCUUCUUUCCUGGAGGUGGUGGCGGAGGAGGAGGAAUCAGGCGGCCACAGUUCGGCCGCCCACGGCAGCCUCCCGCUGAGCGACCGCGGCCACAGAAGAUUUGGGGCACGGAAGAUUGCGGCGUAGCCAGCAGCGCCUUGGUCCGCAUCGUGGGAGGCAGGGAGUCCAACCUGGGAGCAUGGCCCUGGAUUGCGCUGCUGUUCAUCGACGUGCACGGCAACGGCGUCCGCUCCCCGCUGUGCGGCGGUGCACUCGUCACGCCCCGACACGUGCUCACGGCCGCGCACUGCACCUUCAGCGGCAACCGGUCGCUCACUCCGGACGCGUUCGUGGCGCGGCUGGGCGAGCACGACUACCUGAGCAACGACGACGGCGCCAACCCGGUGGACGAACCGGUGGUGCGCAUCGAGCGGCACGCGCAGUUCAACCCGCGCACCUACCUGAACGACGUGGCUGUGCUCACGCUACGGAGGCCGGUGCCCCUGAACAAGGACAUAGCGCUCAUCUGCCUGCCGUACGGCUCCCUGCGCGACGACCAGUACGAGAGCCGCAGCGCCAACAUCGCGGGAUGGGGCGAGCUCUACUACGGCGGCCCGUCGAGCGCCUCCCUGCAGGACACCCGCAUCCCCAUCCAGACCCUGGACACCUGCAAGGAGUCCUUCAAGCGCACCAGCAUCACUUUCACGGACCACUACCUCUGCGCGGGCAGCCUGAAAGGCGACAAGGAUGCCUGCAGGGGCGACUCUGGCGGGCCGCUAAUGCUGCUGGACGAGCAACAGCGGUUCACCAUCAUCGGCAUCACAUCGUUCGGGCGCCGCUGUGCGGAACCCGGCUACCCGGGAGUCUACACGCGAGUCGCCAAGUACCUCGACUGGAUCCAGCCGAGGCUCGUCUAAAUGCCCCACCGAGGGCGCCCCCUGUAAAUAAACCCGCUGCGUCAACACUCCAGCCUCGGUGCAAAUCUUGCAAGCCUGAAGCGUUAUUAUGCACGCAGCCCGAUCUUGUACUGGUUCAACAUAUACCAGGUGUUCCAACUAAUACUUUAAGAGAUUGUUGAGAAACAGUGCAGUAGAAACAAAAGAAAUUUCGCUUUUACGGCUACACAUAUUUCGCGCCGGCAGUAGUCAAAGAUUGCGCUGUAAUAGCUCAUGAACUCGUCCGUUAUUUAAAGUCCACAAAGUAAUUGCUUAAUCAGUUAUCUCAAGGAGCACAACAUUUGCAAGGUUGAAGCCAGCAACGUUCUAAUACACUUAGCGAGUAUCCUGGGACAUCAGAAGUUUCGACGAAACACCGGUGAGAAUUCAGAAGCAGUUAACGAAGUCACCGAACAGCACUAUCCAUUCUGAUGUAGAGUUCAAAGACAUUCGUUUAUAAAUCCAUGUUCUGAAAUUCAACGUCUGGCAUCUCACACUUUGACGCAUUGCCCAAUGCUACCAGCGUUCGCAACCACGGUCGUUUUCUCUCUUUCGUUUCCUUGUGAACUGAUGGCUGUGCCGCUGUUACAGAUAUGUCAAAUGCUCAUGAGAAUGUGCCAGGUUACCGCAGAUGUAAGUCGCGCCAUUCCCAGAUGACCUUGGUAAGCGAAUUGGCAGUACAUUUAGCUAGACUCACUUUGUGUACAUCUCCUAAGUUGCAAGGUUGGUGUAAGGCACUACGAUUCAGUUGUAGAAGUACUUGAAAAGAUGUAAAUUCCAAAGAAAGAUUGUAGCACUCAAGCCAACAAUGCGGCGCGUCGACGAAGAUGCAUGUCAGCGCUGUAAAACCACCAAGGACGUUGCGCACGUCUCCGUUUGCACACGAAGUGCACCAGAAAACUCCCAGUCUUCGUCAAACCGAAUGCGUCGUCCAGACCUGUAACAUCACAGCCUGUCCUACCGAAAUAAAUUACUUGCUUCUUUAGAAACA